UUUCCGGUAGAUGACGCUAUCGCCGGCGAAUUGUAAAUAAAGCUAGUUACCAAGAUCUAGGGUGUGUAUAAUUUGAAUGCUAAAGAUCAGAUAUAACAAGCGUGGUAUUUAUUACUGGAUUGCGCUUAGCCGCUUAGAGUGAAAUAUUUUCUUUAAGGAGAAGUCUUUGAAGUCUAUUGAAAAUGGCCAAUGGAACAUACACAUGGGAGACGAUGAAAAAAAUGCACAACCCCCGAGUGUUUGCUACUCCCCUUGUAUAUGAGGGAAACAUAUAUGUGAUUGGGGGGUGUGACCAGUUGGGAACACCUUUAGACACUUGUGAAUAUUAUGAAACUGCAAAGAGAAAAUGGCACAUUCUUCCAAGCAUGCAGAUAAAGAGAGCAGCCCCUGCAGCUCAGAUAGUAGGCGAUAAAAUAGUAGCUAUAGGAGGAGUAGGAGAAACCCAGGCUCCUGUGGAUGCUGUAGAAGUUUAUGAUAUUAAAGCUAAAAAAUGGCUUACAAUGGAGUCUCUCACUGAACCAUUGCAAGGAGUGUCAUCUGCAGUAAGAGACAAUGAGAUUCUGGUGAUGGGUGGAAUGUCUGAUGACUCUAAUCCUAAGGACCAUUUCUGGAGUUAUGACAUCAAGAGUAACAAGUGGAAGGCCCUCCCCCCAAUGCCCACACCCAGAUACGCCUCGGCAGCUUUUGAAAUUAACAACAAACUUUAUGUAAUAGGAGGGCGACAAGGGAGGUUGCCGUGUUUAGCUCUGGAAGUCUUUGACUUUGAGACGAACAAAUGGACGCAAUUAGAAAACAUACCUAGCAAGAGAGUCUUCCCAAAUUAUGUGAAGGCGGGGACCUGUAUUAUCAGUGUAGGGGGACUAAAUCAGCCAGCCUCCGAUGGUUUCUCUCAGGCUUGUGAGGUGUUUGACACAGCAAAUGAAAACCCAAAAUGGAAAGUUGGUACCAACAUGCCAACCAGACGUGGUGACUUUGCCAUUGGUGUUGUCGGUGAGAAGAUGGUUUGUGCUGGAGGUCUUGGAAGUCAAGGUAAACCAUUACAGAUUGUUGAGGCGUACAAUUGGAGAACGGAUACCUGGACAGAAAUCAAAUCCUGUCCUACUACCCACUGCUCCUGUGCUUUCACCAUGCUCAAUGACAGACUGUUUGUUAUUGGGGGUCUCUCACUCGGGGGGCCUAGUUCCUCCAUGGAGGCCCUCAGCUUUAAACCUGACAAGUGAUACAGAUAGGAUUUAGUAUUUUUAACUUUCUUUAUCCAUCACUUUUUACAAUCAUGAGCAGUCCCAUUUCUUAAAAUCUUCACCUUUAACUGCUGUAUAUACAAACCUAGUGGUGUGUCUCUUGCUGCCUUUGUAUUGUAAGCCCCUGUUUCUGAGAUCUUUGUAGUUUGAGUGAGACGAUUGACUGGUUUACGUGUACAUUGCAUUAUUUUCUUAUUUUUAUAUUUUCAAGUUUCAUGUGACACUCUGAAUUCAUAACCUUAUCAUUAACCUUUUAUGACCUUUCAAUGGGAAUGUGAACUUAUGCUCAUAUAUUCUUUUUUCCCGUAAAUGGUAAUACUUGAACAAGUAAUGAGUAAUAACUUCCUCACUACUAAGGUCCAUUAUUACCUUGUGAAAUAAUGCUUAUAAACAUAUAUAUACAUAAAAUGUAUAUGACUACAGUGAGCAAUUAUUUUCACUUUGUCACUUUCAUAGCACAUCAUUUUAUAUUAAUUUUUUAGUUUAGUUUAUUAAGUAGGAGUAUGUUAUUGGAACAGCUGUAUAAAGAAAAUAAACUUGAUCUUGAAAUCUUAUACAUGUAUCAGAUUUUGAACACUCUUUUUUAAGAAAAACAAACAAUUUAGGUAAUAAAUUCUAUUUAUACUGAA